AAUCGAUCACUAAUAUCGAGCAAAAGGAUGAUGAAACCGUUAAAGAUUACAUAUCUCAGUUUAACGACCGAAUUCAGAACAUGGAACCUUGUCACCCUGAGACCCUACUAGUAACUGCAGAUGCUGGGUUAAAGCCCAAUUCGAUUUUUCGAUGGACCUUAUGUCAGAACAAGCUGGCUACCUUUCAAGACUUCCUCGUACGAGCUCAACAAUUUAUUAUCGCUGAGGAGUUGAUGUCGGUUCCUAGUUUCGACUUCUCGGCGAAGGAGAAUAAGGUUGAGUCAGAUGUAAAAAAGAAGAACAAGAAGAAUUUUGGAAAACCGCAAUGUCAGAAUUACUCAAAAGGGUAUAAAAAUACUCCGGAAUUCAGAGCUGCCCGAGACCAAUAUGCCGACAACGUGAAGACGGGCUAUCAAACCGUUUAUUCGGCCGGAGCAGCCACAAUUUUUGAAGAACUGAAAGGAAAGGGAAUUAUUCCUGAUCCAAAACCAGUAAGAACUUCUGAAGACAAGUUGGACAAAUCUCGAUAUUGUGC